AAGCCCCCUCUUACAUCAGAACUCUUUUCUAAUGAUCCUCUGAGUGUCAUCUCAGGACCCUGGGCACACUCAUGGCACGAUGGCCAACCCUCAGGAGCACCUGAGCUGCUCCCCUUCCCCACACUUGCCUUUGAGUGAAAACAAAACCUUCAAUGGACUACAAGAUGACAUCGCACCUAUGCGAAGCCACCCUUCACCCAAGCUUCUUAAGGACCAGCAGGAAAAGGGGGUGGUGCAAACAGAGCUAAAUGAGGGCAUGAACAGCCCCAUCACCACAACAGUGUUGACAAGCGUAAGCGAGGAUUCCAGGGACCAGUUUGAGAACAGCGUUCUUCAGCUAAGGGAACAAGAUGAAUCAGAGAUGGCCAUGUCUCACGGGAACAGCAACACUGUGGAUGGAGAGGGCACAAGUGGAACUGAAGACAUCAAGAUUCAGUUCAGCAGGUCGGGCAGCGGCAGUGGUGGGUUUCUUGAAGGACUGUUUGGAUGCUUAAGGCCUGUAUGGAAUAUCAUUGGGAAGGCAUAUUCCACUGAUUACAAAUUGCAGCAGCAAGAUACUUGGGAAGUGCCAUUUGAGGAGAUCUCAGAGCUGCAGUGGCUGGGUAGUGGAGCCCAGGGAGCUGUCUUCUUGGGCAAGUUCCGAGCGGAGGAGGUGGCCAUCAAGAAAGUGAGAGAGCAGAAUGAGACGGAUAUCAAGCAUUUGAGGAAGUUGAAGCAUCCUAACAUCAUCGCUUUCAAGGGUGUUUGUACUCAGGCCCCAUGUUACUGUAUCAUCAUGGAAUACUGUGCCCAUGGACAACUUUAUGAGGUUUUGCGAGCUGGCAGGAAGAUCACACCUCGAUUGCUAGUAGAUUGGUCCACAGGAAUUGCAAGUGGAAUGAAUUAUUUACACCUCCAUAAAAUUAUUCAUCGUGAUCUCAAAUCACCUAAUGUUUUAGUGACUCACACAGAUGCAGUAAAAAUUUCAGAUUUUGGUACAUCUAAGGAACUUAGUGAUAAAAGUACCAAGAUGUCCUUCGCUGGCACAGUAGCAUGGAUGGCGCCAGAGGUGAUACGGAAUGAACCUGUCUCUGAAAAAGUCGAUAUAUGGUCUUUUGGAGUGGUGCUUUGGGAGCUGCUGACAGGAGAGAUCCCAUACAAAGAUGUAGACUCUUCAGCCAUUAUUUGGGGUGUUGGAAGCAAUAGCCUACACCUUCCAGUUCCUUCCACUUGCCCUGAUGGAUUCAAAAUCCUUAUGAAGCAGACAUGGCAGAGUAAACCUCGCAAUCGACCUUCUUUUCGGCAGACACUCAUGCAUUUAGACAUCGCAUCUGCGGAUGUACUUGCCACCCCACAAGAAACUUACUUCAAGUCUCAGGCUGAAUGGAGAGAAGAAGUAAAAAAACACUUUGAGAAGAUCAAAAGUGAAGGAACUUGUAUCCACCGAUUAGAUGAAGAACUGAUUCGAAGGCGCAGAGAAGAGCUCAGGCAUGCUUUGGAUAUUCGUGAGCACUAUGAGAGGAAACUUGAGCGGGCUAAUAAUUUAUACAUGGAAUUGAGUGCCAUCAUGCUGCAGCUAGAAAUGCGGGAGAAGGAGUUAAUCAAGCGUGAGCAAGCAGUGGAGAAGAAGUAUCCUGGGACCUACAAACGACAUCCUGUCCGUCCAAUAAUCCACCCUAAUGCCAUGGAGAAACUCAUGAAGAAGAAAGGUGUGCCUCACAGACCUGGGAUGCAGGCCAAGCGGCCAGAUCUGUUGAGAUCUGAAGGUAUCCCCAGUGUGGAAGUGGCUCCCACUGCAUCCCCUUUGUCCGGAAGUCCCAAAAUGUCCACCUCCAGCAGCAAGAGCCGAUAUCGGAGCAAACCACGCCACCGCCGCGGGAGUAGCCGAGGCAGCCAUAGUGACUUUGCGGCGAUCUUAAAAAGCCAGCCAGCCCGGGAAAAUUCACCCCAUCCCACUUACCUGCACCAGGCUCAGUCCGAAUACCCUUCUCCCCAUCACCGUAGUCCUCUGCAGCAGCAACACCAGCAACCCCCUCCUGCCACGUCUCAGAGUCACCGUCCCAGACUCGAUAUGCACGGACAGGACGUUGCAACCUGCGCCAACAACCUGAGGUAUUUUGGCCCCGCGGCGGCCCUACGGAGCCCACUCAGCAGCCAUGCUCAAAGACAGAUGCCUGGCUCCAGCCCUGACCUCAUCUCCACGGCCGUGGCAGCAGAUUGCUGGAAAAGUUCUGAGCCCGACAAGGGCCAGGCUGGCCCCUGGGGCUGUUGUCAGGCUGACCCCUAUGACCCCUGCCUCCAGCGCAGGCCAGAACAGCAUGGGUCCGUAGACGUCCCCUCUGCCAAGCCCGUGGGGAGGAACCCCAACCUUUUCAAGCCACCAGCACACAAUCCCCUCUCGGAAAAUGCCCAAGGUUCUGAGAAAAUGGAAGAAAAGGAAUUCAGCGGCUGUGGGUCUGCAUCAUCCCUCAACACCUCUCAUCACAUCACCCCCCCAGCGCUACCUCGAAAAACAAGGCCCCUUCAGAAGAGUGGAGAUGACUCCUCUGACGAGGAAGAAGGGGAAGUAGAUAGUGAAGUUGAAUUUCCACGAAGACAGAGGCCCCAUCGCUGUAUCAGCAGCUGCCAGUCAUAUUCAACCUUUAGCUCUGAGAAUUUCUCUGUGUCUGACGGAGAGGAAGGAAAUACCAGUGACCACUCAAACAGCCCUGAGGAGUUAGUGGAUAAACUCGAAGACCGCCUGGCAGAGAAGCUAGAUGACCUGCUGUCCCAGACGCCAGAGAUCCCCAUUGAGAUAUCCUCGCAUUCAGACGGGCUGUCUGACAAGGAGUGUGCUGUGCGCCGUGUGAAGACGCAGAUGUCUCUGGGCAAGCUGUGUGCGGAGGACCGUGGCUAUGAGAAUCCUAUGCAGUUUGAAGAAUCGGACUGUGACUCUUCAGAUGGGGAGCGUUCUGAUGCCACAGUUAGGACCAAUAAACACUACAGCUCUGCUACUUGGUAAUGAAAGAAUACCUACCCUGAAGAUCUCAUGACUAUACUGGCAUUUCACAUCCAUCCCACCCCCAGACUCUUCCCACUCUCUCCCUGCUUUUUUGUCUGGGAAGAGAGCUGCCCCAUCUUUCUUACCCCUAGACGU